AUCACACUUGCUGGUGAACACAAUUAAAUCAGUUACCUAGACUUUCUUCUGUAUUCUUGGCUUGUAACUUGUUAGAAUCCUGCUGACAUGAAGAAAUUCCUGUACAAACUUAUUUUCUUUUAUGUUUCCGGGCUCCACAUUUUGUCAGCAUCACCAGUGGUCCAUUUUGUUCAGUAUGGGCAAAAUAUCUCUCUGCCGUGCAACCUCACAAUCAGCCAAGAAGUGACCUGGUUCCAAAUGCGCUCAGAGGAACAUGUUACACUUCUAACUGCAAGGUUAUCAAAACUAAACGGGACUGACACUGUUGUACACAACAAAGAAGACUUGAACCAUUUCAAUGCAAGUGGAGACCUCCUGACCAUGCCCAUCAAUUUGACAAUCAUCAAGGUGACAGAGACUGAUUUGGGACUCUAUUACUGUGCUGGCCGGUAUGAAGGCACAGUGCACUUUGGAAAAGGCAUCCGUUUAUCUUUUUCAGUUCUGUGUUUUAGAAAUGGAGGUGACAAAGGGGGAGGUGGUGUUGUGUUGGACUCUCCUGGCCUCUGUCAUCUCAGUGUCCGCCUUGUUCAGCACUCUGUGUGUCUUUGGACUCUGUUACCAAUUGGGUAAACCCACAUCCAUGUGCACUUCCUGUGUGAAAAGGAAUUCCAGUUUAACGGAGGAUAGUCUGCACUAUGCCAGUCUGAAGCACAUCAAGGGGCGUCUCACCACCCAGGGACUGCCAGGAUUGGCCCAGGGAAAUGUUACCUCAUAGAUGGUUAUAUAUCUGAGUAAACAUGUUCCAGAAUGGACAUCGUCAUUGAUGGCAUUCACCAUUUUAUUGUAGUCAGUUGGGUAGGCUUUAAAAUUUAAUUGGCCCUCCGGUUAGUCAAGUGAAAACUCCAAAUGGGUAAUCAGGACAACCCUGCUGUUGCAGGAACAGAUGGAACAGAUACUCUUUCUGUCUCUAUGUGUUAACUUUAUACAUGAAUGGAAAAUGACUAGAACAGAACCAAUUGGGGUAGCAGGCUAGGUCUGCAUGUAAUAACUGAACAGGAGUGUGAGAAUGGUGAACUGUUGUCAGAUUGGCUUCCCUUUUGCCAGUCACUCAGAAACAGGAACCACUACAUUUUCUGAAUUCCAAUAAUAAAUGUACAGUUGUGCUCAAAAGUUUGCAUACCCUUGAAGAAUUGGUAAAAUAUGUAAAAACAUUUAAGAAAACAUGAGUGAGCAGGCAAAACACGUCUUUUAUUUCAUAUAGGAUUAAUAUUCAACUGCAGGUUAUAACAGAAUGGCACAAUCAUAAAA